GGCUGGGGCCUUCCCUCCUCUCCGGCCUGGCGCUGACGUCACAGUGGGGCCGGCGGGGGCGUGGCGGCGAGGGCGAGGCCUCUGCUGACCUGCUGGGAGCAGGAGGCCAUAAGGAAAGAGGCAGCCAUGCCCCGGCCUCCGCCUCCGCCGGCCCCGGCCUCCUCCUCCCUCCCCGCGGCUCCGGCGGUGGCCCGGGGGAGCGGGGCGGUGCUGGAGCUGCCGCUGCUGGACCCGCUGCUGAUGGGCCCGGGGCCCCGCGAGGCCCUGGAGAGCCACGUCCGCAGGAAGCGCCUGCAGCUGCUCUGGGGCCUCCCGGCGCCGGUGCGGAGCUCGCUGGAGAGCUGGUCCCCGGUGCUGCCAGGCUUCCUGGCCUGCACCGCGCUCCAGCAGGAGCCCCCGGGAGCCCUGUCCACCAGGCCCCUCUUCCGGGCCGAGCGCCGCCGCAGCCUGGAGCGGCAUCUGAGGGAGAAGCUGGUCCACCGCAAGUGGGGGCUCCCCCGGGGGGUCCAGGCCGCCCUCCGGCUCCCGGAGCCCCGCCGCCCGCAGAAGGAGGAGGCCGACGGAGCCCCGGCUGAAGACAACGGCGCCGAGGGAGAGGAGGCCGGAGGGAAGAGCCAGCCGCCCCGACGGCCCCCGCCCAGCCGCCCUCCUCCUCCCACGCCGCCCGGCCCUAGCUGCCGCCCGAGAGGAGCUCGAGCGGGAGGAGGAGGAGGAAAGGAACGCGGCCCCGGCACCAAGGAAGAGCCGCCCAAGAGCCCUGCUUUGGCCCACCGGCGCCGCCCCAGGCCACAGCCCCGUCCCCCGAGGAGGACGCCAGCCCCGGAGGAGGAAGAGGCCGAGGAGGGCGUCCCCGCCUCCCCCGAGGAUCCAGCCCCGGCGCCGGCACCCCUUCGGCCGGCCAGUUCCCCGGGAGGCGCCGCCAGGAGGCCGCAGAGCCAGGGCGGGGGGCCUCCGGCGGGAAGGCGGCCAUCGCCUCGGGGUCCCACCUCGCUCUCCGCCGGAGAGGCCCCGUGUUCCUGCGGGGGAACCCCAGGAGGGACCCCGCCGCCCGCCCUCCUUCCCGGGACCGAGGCCCCUCUGGCGCAGCAGCAGCCGCCCUUGAGCCGCCGGUGGGCCGACUCCGGGGGCGAGGGUCCCGAGGCCCCUCCGCUGCUGCCGGGCGAAGACCAGCGCCGCUACUUCGAGCUCCAUCUGCGGGAGAAGCUGCUGCACCAGCGCUGGGGCCCACCCCGGAGGGUCCGGGACUCGCUGGCCCGAUGCUCCCCCGAGGCCGCCCCGGCGAGGCCCCGCAGCCCCGCCGCCAAGUGAGCCAGGGACCGGAGGAGGGCCGGCAGCCAAGAAGAAGGGGCCCCCCGACGGACCCUGGACUCCUACCGAAAUACAGAGGCCUUGGCCGCAGCCACGAAGGGCUCCGAGUCAGUGC